AACUCCCAUUCUUAUUUCCUCUUUUGCUAUUCUCCAAAUUUCUCUCUCUCUCUACAUCGAUCACAACGACACACAGACUCAGACUCUGACUCUCUCUCUCUCUCUAAAAAUUAGUAUCGUUUCGGCGAUUCGUUCCUAUCUCCGAUCUUCUCCAACUCUCUCUCUUCGCUCUCCCUAUAUUCCUAACCCUAACUCACUGAGUCUGUCAACUCGGAGAAGUACCACCACCGCCGAAAAUCGAAGUGAAGAGAGAGAAUUUCACGGAUUCAUUGAGCUUCAACCUUCAGCUAUUUAAGGUUUUUAUUGGAACUUUGAAGGGUCUCUUUGUGGGUAGCUCCCAUCAUAGAAAGGUCAAAGGUUGUUGCUGGCAAUGAAUCUGCAACAAGCUGUACAGCCUAAAUUAGCUACUAAUGGAUUUGGCCGGCGAAGAGGCGAGAGAGAAGUAGGGACUAGGACGGUGAGUAAAUCGCAGUUUGGAAAAUCAAAUCCCAGCAGAUCAACAAAUACAGGGGCAAUGGCUGGCUACAAAAUCGGCAGUAAUGGGAGUCCUUCACGUGACCGGGUAGUAUAUGUAACAACUUGUUUCAUUGGGCAUCAUGUGGAAGUUCAGGUGAAAGAUGGGUCUAUAUACUCUGGAAUAUUUCAUGCUGCUGAAAAAGAUUUUGGAAUUGUCUUGAAAAUGGCACACUUGAUAAAGGAUGGUUCUUUACGGGGACAGAGGGCUGCUGCAGAGUCUGUUAGCAAGGCUCCUAUAAAGACUUUAAUUAUACAGUCCGAGGAUUUUGUACAAGUUUCUGCAAAGGGGGUGGCAGUAACCAAGGAAGAGUUAUCACAAGAAUUCCAACGUGAAAGACAGCAGGAGCUUAUGCUGGACUCCAACAUAUCACAAUCUCGACAUGUUGAGUUGGAGAGAGAACUGAAACCCUGGGUUCCUGAUGAAAAUUAUCCACAGUGUCCUGAACUGGACAAUAUAUUUGAUGGCCAAUGGAAUAGGGACUGGAACCAGUUUGAAACCAAUGAAACAUUAUUUGGAGUAAAAAGCACCUUUGAUGAGGAACUUUAUACAACAAAACUUGAGAGAGGUCCUAAGAUGGAAGAGUUGGAAAAGAAAGCCUCAAGAAUUGCUAGAGAAAUUGAGGGUGAGGAAACCCAAGAUCUUCAUUUAGCGGAGGAGAGAGGCAGUCACUUUCAUGAAGAUUUUGAUAUUGAUGAGGAGACUAAAUUCUCUUCUGUCUAUAGGGGUAAGGGGGUUGAUGAUAGUGGGUAUGGAGAUAUUGAGAAUAUAUUAUCGGAUUCACAUAACACUGAAACUUUUGGUAGUUUAUCCAUUGAGAAAAACAAUGAUGGAGCUCGGUUGUCAUCAAGCUUUUGCUCUAAGGUGGAUCAAGCACAGUCUUCCCAGUCAAGUACUGGCUUGGAUUUAAGCCGCACUGGUUCUUAUGAUCAUGCUAAACAGCUGGCAUCCGAAUUUCUUUCUAAAAGCGUCCCUGCUUCAGAUAGUGAAAACAGGAUCCAGGAAAAUUCAAUCAGUGAUCAACAUGGACUCAAUAAUAAUGCCAAGGAAUUGGCAGAGAAGAAGACGUUAGCUGAAGAUGCUCAAUUGUCAAAGCCUGAGGAUUCACAGUCAUCGCUUAAUGAGAAGAAAGACAGCUCUGAUAAAGGGGGAAUAUCUGCUAAUGCCACCUCUUAUGCUACAUCAUGUGGUGUUCUAUCUAAGAGUCAUGAAAAGACAAGUUAUGGUGAACCAUCUGAUGGUGUGGCAUCUAGCAAAGUGCAUGGAGAACCCCAAUCUUUACACUCUCGUGGACGACCUGGUAGUUCUGCAUCAUCCAGUUCAGAUUAUGCAGGUGGUGUCUCGGCUUCUAGUGGACCUGGUUUAUCACCAAGCUCAUCAAUGGGUUCGUUAUCCUCUGAAAAGUCAACUUUGAAUCCUCAUGCUAAGGAAUUCAAACUCAAUCCUAAUGCAAAGAGUUUCAUACCGUCUCAAAUUCCUGUUAGGCCUCAGUCCCCAGUCUCUGAUGGUUCAUUCUAUUUUCAACCAAAUGUCUCUGCUGUACCACAUAUGCCUGGCAUGCCUGUGGGCAUUGGAAUUGGACCCUCAUUUCCCGGACACCAGCCUGUUAUGUAUCCACAGGUUCCACCAACACCACAGCCAUAUUUUCAUGCUAAUGGCCCUCAGUAUCCGCAGAUGCUUCUUGGUGGUCACCCUAGGCAAGUCUUGUACAUGCAAAACUAUCAACAUGAAAUGCAGUACAAAGGACGAGAAUAUUAGUUUGUUGGUUGGCUGGAGACGGGGGGCAGGUUGGGGCAAGAGCGGGUGAUUCUUGUAUCAAAUCGUAGCUUGACAGUGCUUAAAUUUUGGUUAAGAUGUGAAUCUCCAACUCUUUCCCUAAUUCUUCAUACAUCACUAUGGUCAUAACAUGAUGGCCUAGGCUCACCUAUAUGUUUUAUUGACAUUGCGGAAAAGAACCGAAAAAAAAAGGGAGUCUUCUAAUUCAGGAGUCAGGACUGCUUUAGUCAAUGAACACCGGUUGUUGUUUUAUUUUUAUUUUUAUUUCCCCUUAAAUUCUAACUCUGAAAUAAUUUAUUGUUUAUUUGUGUUACAUUGUUAGCCAUAAAUUUGAAAUAACGAUGCUUUGAAGGAAA